AUGGAUCCCAAUUUCAAGUUCUUGGAUACUUGUGACUUCGACACUCAACGCCUGAUAGGAGCCCUUGCCGCUGCUGAUGAGAGUCGUGAGACUGAGAUGGGUUGUUCUGAUGGAGAGAAGCAACAAGGAAAACGAGUGAUUGAGGUAGCUGAUGAUGAGGUCGAUAGCGAUGGAAGGGAAAAAAAACUGGUUGCUGCUACAAUACGUGGAGGGAGGAGGUGUUCCAAGCCGGCUCCAAAAAAUGGAAAGAAGCAAAGGUCAGACUCGCUGGAGCCGCAAAAGAAGAAGAAAAAACAUGAAGAGGAGAUUAAUGUGGAUGAUGAUGUUGAUGAGGACGAUGAGGAUGCUGCUAUGAAGAGUAGGCAAAGGUCAGAUGUUUGGGUGGAUUUUUGUGUGAUUCGAAAACCCAAUGGCGAGGAGAAAGCCAAAUGUAAUCAUUGCAAGAAUGAGUAUGCUUGGAGCUCUCACGGGCAUGGAACUACGUCCUUGAAAAGACAUUGUGGUAUAUGCAAAAUGUAUACAAGGUUGAAUGGGAAGAUGAAUGUCAAUGCUGAAGGGAAAUUAAUACCUCGCAAAUAUGACCAUCUUGUGUUUAGGCAGCUGGUCGCUAAGACAAUAGUCCAGCAUGACCUUCCAUUUUCGUAUGUGGAGUAUGAAAAAGUGAGAGACACUUGGAGGUAUUUGAAUGUUGAUGUCCAAACCAUUUGUCGAAACACUGCAAAAGCAGAUGUGUAUCGGUUGUAUGAAAACGAGAGAGCGGCACUGAAGAGGGAAUUAGCGAGUCUUCCUGGAAGAGUUUCCUUGACGUCUGAUUUGUGGUCAUUGCUAAAACGUGAGGGUUAUAUGUGUGUGACGGCUCAUUACAUUGAUCGAAAUUGGAAGUUGAACGGCAAGAUCUUGACGUUUUGUGCUUUAUCACCACCACAUACAGGUAUGAAUGUAGCGGUGCAGCUCCUUGAAUCACUGAAAGAGUGGGGAAUAAAGGAAUCGAAAAAGGUUAUUGGAGGUUCUUUGCACAAAGUAAGAGAGAGUAUUAAGUAUGUAUUAGCAUCGGAAGUGCGUGAAGUAUUGUUCGAUAAAUGUGUGGUUGCUGCUGGUAUAAAGGAAAAUGCGGGUCUGAUACUGGAUAUGCAGACAAGAUGGAAUUCAACUUUCUAUAUGCUUGAAAGAGCCAUCAAGUUCCGCAAAGCGUUUGUUAAUUUGGAGACAUUUGAUAGGAGAGGUUAUAAAAUGGCGCUUACAGCUGAGGAGUGGACAAGAGCUGAGAAUAUCUGCCGUUUUUUGGGACCUUUCGCUGUGAUUACAAGUUUGAUGUCUGGUUCCAAUUACCCGACGUCGAACUUGUAUUUCUAUCAGGUCUGGUUGAUCCAUGAUUGGCUUCGAAUUAAUGAAGAAAGCGAAGAUGAGGUUGUCAGAGAGAUGGUGCCACCGAUGAAAGAGAAGUUUGAUAAAUAUUGGGAAGAAGUCAGUUGUUUUUUCGCAAUGGCAGUCGUCUUCGAUCCACGUUUUAAGCUUUAUAUUGUGGAUUGUUGUUUAGGGAAGCUUGACAUGAGUACACGUGAUGCAAAGUUGAGAAACUUGCGUGAUAAGCUCAGUACUCUGUUUGAGUCUUACGACAAAAAAUCCAAGACUAACUCACCUUCUACAGAGCCACGUGAGACGGAUUUCUUUGCGUUUCGCAAAGUCAGCGGCGUUGUGAGUGGAAAAACACCUAUAGAAGCUUAUCUUGAUGAACCACCCUUGGACUUUAAUACUUUCCGGAGCAUGGACAUUCUCAAGUGGUGGAAAGAUAAUACUCAUAGGUAUGGCGAUUUGUCAGCAAUGGCUUGUGAUUUACUGAGUAUUCCUAUUACAACAGUGGCUUCAGAGUCUUCCUUUAGCAUUGGAUCGCGAGUCCUUAAUAAAUACAUGAGCCGUCUACUCCCAAAGAAUGUGCAAGCUAUGAUCUUACUAGGAACUAGCUAA